AUGGGGAAAGGCAGAAGAGAUGAUAGGAUCAGCGCAUUGCCCAAUGACAUUCUCGUCAACAUUCUCGACCGACUCAAUGUCCCCGACGUCGCAAGAACUAGCAUCCUCUCCAGAAGGUGGAGUCAGCUCCCCACCAAGCUCUCUCGGCUGAUAAUAAACGCCCAGGACUUCCUGCCCAGGGGCGUGUCAAAUGCAACCGUGUCUGAUGAUGAAAUGGUUCGGGCGAAUGCUACCGCUGCCGAGGCGACGAAGAGCAUACUGGCACGCAGAAGUCCAGGCGAACACACCAUCCGCUUCCUAUCUGCCGCGUUCUACUUGAGAGACGAUGCCCCCAUAUCCAUCGGAAAAGCCGUUGGUCACACGAUGGAAAAGCACCUGGUUGAGACGGCACGGUUCAGUCUCAUGACGGGGAAAGUCGGCGUCGAUGACCUCAAGGAUGAUGAGCUGGUCAUAUGCGGGAGAGAAUUCAUGCGCUUCUUCGAUGCCUGUCACAAUGCAUUCCGUGGUCUCACUAGCCUUGACAUGGAGGAUCUGAGGUUUUCUGAACCAGACAUAUCCAACAUCCUCGUCACCUGCAAGCGGCUGAAGCAUUUGCGCAUGACCAACUGCGACUCAGGUGAUCCCAGCACGCUGCAAAUUGACCACUCGCAUCUCACUGAGCUCAGUAUAGCUCAAUCUGCUUUCGAACAAGUUAAGCUGAAUUGGCUCCCUCAACUCACGCAGAUGACCUUUGAUAAUUGGUUAGAUUACCAAGAUCCACUGGUUCUUGGUCAUGUCCCGUUGCUCGAGACUCUAAGCCUCACAAAUGUUGGUCAUAGUUUUCACAGGCUGGUCAAGUUAAGCGAGUUUCUUAGCGGCACCUCCAUACGGGUUCUCAAGUUGGUAUUUAAAUGUGAGAGGAUUUGGGUGCAGCCAGAACGUCCGACCAAAAGUCUGGCAUCCGUUUUCCGCCAACUAAGGUUUGUCAAUCUGGUUACUCUUCCCGAGGGGUAUGAUCUCACAUGGACAAUGUUUAUUCUUGAAGCCGCACCCUUACUGAAGGAGCUAUGCAUGACAGUAUGGGAUCACGCGUGUAUAAUGCAAACAGAUGAGGAGACAAGGAAGGAAGAAUUGUAUAGCGAGAACAGGGGUGUUGAAUGGGACUCGGCUGCAGCUGAUUUCAAACACCACAAUUUGGUCACACUUAUCAUAUUUUGCUUCGAAUCUGAUGAUUACAUGGUGAGUUAUCUCCGACGUAUUAUGGCAGCAGCGGUGAAUCUAGAGGACGUGUUCCUGUAUAGUAGGUUGGAGUGCGACAACUGCCAAGAUGAGAAGCCGAUUAGGUUCCCUUGGACUAAAAGACAGAGGAUAUCACUGAAGAAGAGAGUUACCGAGGGAAUUGAGUCCUUUGCCAUAAUUCACGCUUAUUCAACAGUGAGGGCUCAUCAUCUUGCAAAGUAUAUGUACCCGGAGUGCUCAUUAGACAUAUCUAGAAAAAUAUUACUUAACAGGCAGUGA